CCAUUCCGCUUCUGGCCAGGAGGACGCGCGAUAAGGAGAUCGCGGAAGUGAACGAAAAAAAAGUGUUCUGCGAGGCAGAGCUAUCGUAUCGCGUCUUCGCAUCCUUCCCGCGAGAUAAAAUUUCCGCGCCUCAGGGAAUCAGGAAGAUCGUCCGGCUCUCGCUCGCCUCUCUGCUCUCUCGGAUCGAUAUUCCCAAAUCAUCGUGCAGAUCGUCGAUUCGAAAUCCGGAGUUUGUUUUUAUUAUAAUAAUUUCUUUGCGAUUCGCCUCACAGAUGUCCACUCGAUACUGCGAUUUUCCAGACGAUACCUGAAAUAAUACCGGAGACUUGCGGUUUUCUUCCUGAAGAGAAUCUCUACGGAGAGAGAAAAAAAGCCGCUCUUUCUUUCUCUCUGGUACCGAUAUUUAUAGACGAUCGAAGGUAUCCCGAAGGUGGCUGUCUGUUCUAUUUCCGCUGACGGGAUCAUAAAUAAUACGAGGGAUUAUCUGUCCCUGCACCCACAAGAUUACUUUGUUUCCGCUUUGAAACAAAUCUUUAAAAAUAAUUUAGGGAGUCUUCAUCUCUCUUUAUCCAGUUUCACCGCUUAGAAUACGAUUCCGAUAAAUCGCUAGGGGAUCUCUCCAUGGGGAAUAGGUCUGUUCUCUCGGCAACGAUCUUCACAAAUAAUCAAGAAUAACUUCGAAAUAGUUUCCGCUCUCGGGAUCGAUCUUUGUAAAUAAGCCGAAGGUACGCGAACCUCUCUCCGGAAACGAUCUUUGUAAGCGAUCCGGGAGAACGUCGAGUUUCUGCGGAGAGUCGGCUCUCGUGAAACAACUUGGAGAACUCGGAAUUUUACGGACGCAUCGCGUAAACGCAAUAACCGACCGAGAAACGGAGCUUCGCGUGACCGGUUCAGAACUCCGUUCAUGUCGCAGACCCCGCAAGAGAACGCCGACGCGAUGAAGGCCAAUACGGCGGCGACGAAGAUCCAGGCCAACUUCCGCGGGUACCGCGUGCGCAAGCAGCUGAAGGAAUCCACGCAGCGCCGUCGUCAGCAACAGCAGCAGCAGAAUCUGCUGCAGGACCGGCAGCGGGACCAUCACCAACAGCAGCAGCACGAGCACACGAAGCCGAAGGAGCACCUGCUGAAGAGGCAGAGCACUCGGGAAGCGCUCGAGGAGAAGUCGGCGACGAAGAUUCAAGCGGGCAUUCGCGGCUUCCUGGUGCGGAAGAGGCAGCAGGCCGUGCAGGCCGCGGCGACGAGAAUCCAGGCCGGCUUUCGUGGCUUCAGGACGCGGAAGUUGUUGAAGCAGAACGGCCAGUAGGCCGUCCCUUCCUGGAGCGUGAGAGGCGACGUGGGACGUUGACGUGUGCAAGAGUAUUUGCGGAUUCCUUUGUGAUUCCUCGGACGAGGCCCUGCGAUUGGAACGAAGAGCGCGGAAGGAAACGACGAUUUUGAU